AUGAGUGACACUGACAGCGAGGAGGAAACAGUUUUACAGCAACCGCAACGUUCGUCUAAGUACCGUUCAAUAAUCAAAACACCCAAAUUAACAUUGUCCAGUGGUUUACCUCAAGGGUUGUCUUACUUAGCGCCACUUCAAGUGAUCAGAAUUCACUCACGGUUUAAUGUUUUUUCGGAAAUACAGAGGGGGAAUGAAUACAGUAUUUGUAAUGCAAUUGACAGAGAGUUUUUGUCUGCUGUUGAAGAAGAAGAAUGUUCGAGUCUAAUUUGUGGAGCAAAUCGGCCAUUUAUUAUGCACAUCAACGAUUCAGUUACUGAGCAACCUUGUGUUCAGCUAGUCCGUUCAUGUGGUCUACGUUGUUGUCAAUCACUUGAGAUAUUUAGUCCACCGGAAAGAAUGAUCGGAUAUGUACAAAAACAAUUGUUCUGUUUAAAUCCCACAUAUAAUGUAUAUGACAGAGACGGUAUACAUAUUUUCACUGUUGUUGGUAAUUCCGGUUGUUGCAAAUGUUGUGUGGACAUCACUUUUAAUAUAAUCAAUGCUGAGCAUAAAACAGCUCAAGCGAUUGGGCUGAUUACUAAACAAUGGCAAGGUUAUAGGGAUGCAAUUUUCAAAGCAAACAACUUUUCAAUAACAAUUCCCAAAAAAACAGAUUUAAUGAAGAAAACUAUAUUACUAGGAGCCGCGUUUCUAAUAGAUUUCAACUAUUUUGAACGAGAUUACUACUAA